AUGACUAGGAAAGAUCCUCGUAAAACCGCACAGCAACAUAUGAUAAGUUUAAUUUCACUUCCCUAUGGCUGGGAAACGCGAUUCGAUCCAAAAAGUGGUCGACAGUAUUUCUUUGAUUACAUUUCAAAAACAACUACAUGGGAUGCUCCCCAAUCGGCUAACGAUUUAAGAUUUAUACCAAACUUAUCGCAUUCAUCCAGUGAAGAGGUUCUACAAGAAUAUAGCCUCUGUCCAGAAUGCAAUCAACCAAAUACCUAUGAAUAUUGGUGGCUAAUUGAUGAUAAUUGGAAGUAUAAAGAAUUUUCCAAUCGGGAUAGUGAUAAUUUAAACAAUGGUCUUUUGGUUGCAUUAAAAAGACUUAAUGAUUCAUCAAAGAUUAACGAUCAAUACUUAAAUGAAUUAAAAUAUCAUUUAAGUGCUUUUAAGAUGACAGAGUUUUUAUUUCCAUUACUUGGAAUCACACAAGAUCCUGAGACUUCAGAAUAUAUAAUUGUGAUGAAUUAUGCACAUGGAGGAAGUUUAAGAAGUAAUUUACAAAAGAUAUUUCAUAAAAAUUUGCACAGUGGAAAUAUACUAGUGUGUAAUUAUUUUAAUGAAAAUGAUGACUGGAACAUUUCAUUAAUAAAAUUAUUAAAUAUUAUAUACAAUUGUUGGGAAAAUUACAACAAAGAUAUUGAAGAUAUAAGAGAUGAUAAAAUUAAACAGGCUAUCAUACAAUUUCGAAAUUCUGAUAAGGAACUUCAAGAAAUUUCUAUUCGACCAACAGUACAACAUGCGGAGGCAUACUUUACAAGCCGAACUUUUAACUUACCUGAAUUAAAUCGGAUUAUUACAGAAUUUAAAGAAAAUGAAGAAAGUGAUUAUAAAUUAUUCGGUAAAACACAAAUAGAGCAAGUCGAUAUAAACCAGGAAAUUUAA